UCACUUCGCUUGUCACAAACGUACCGCUGUGACCGUGUGCCACAACUAGUAGUAAUAUUGGCAGAAAAUUGUCCCACUUUCCUGACGACCUUCUGAAGUAACCCUUACUGGCCUUAGUUAGUAGAAGCACGGUUGGCCUUAGUUUUGUCCUUCACCGUUCUCGUUCUUCAGCUGACCCGUAGUACCGCUGUCAUCUGAUUUUCUUCAUUCGUUAUCGCUAUUCAUUGUACUUCGUUGCAUUUCCUCACGAGAACUGUUACUUCGCCUUGUGGAUAUCAAAGCAACUUUGGUUCGAUUAUUGGUUCAAUGAAAAUAGAGCCUGUCUAAAAUCUUACCGAAAAUGUCUCGUUCGAGACGAGAGGAGUUCAUGCCUCCACCCAAAGCUCCUGUGUUUGAGCCGUCUGAGGAAGAAUUUAGGGACCCAUUGGCCUACAUCAACAAAAUUCGGCCUGCGGCUGAGCGUGUUGGAAUAUGCAAGAUUCGGCCUCCGAAGAACUGGGCACCACCGUUUGCGGUCGAUCUGGAGUCCUUUCGCUUUGCGCCGCGUGUGCAACGUCUCAAUGAGCUGGAAGCACACAGUCGUGUGAAGAUGAACUUCCUGUCCGCACUGAGCAAGUUCUGGGAACUUCAGGGCACCACAUUGAAGCAGCCGCAUAUCGAGGGCUAUCCGCUUGAUCUGCAUGAACUGUGGAAGGUUGUGUUGGAGGAAGGUGGAUAUGAGCAUGUGAUGGUGGCCAAGAAGUGGUCCCAGGUUGCCAGAAAGAUGGGCUACAAGAAGCUUCAGCAUACUUGUUUCUCAUUGCGGCAGCAUUUCGAGAAGAUUUUAUAUCCAUACUGUGUAUUCCGUGCUGUUGAGAUGUCCGAGGUCAAGGAGAGCUGCACGAGAAAGACAACAGGGUAUGCGACGUCCGCCAUGUCGACUCACUCCCUCGCUUCGACGCAGCGCCACAAGACGUUGCGCAGCAGCGAUGCACCAGAACAUAUUUUAUUAGAUGAGAAUAAUAAAGCGACGAACGCAUCAGAAGCUGCUGUUGCGGGAUAUGCUCAGGACAAGCCGGCUAUCUGCAAGGUGUGCGACAAGCGUGGUGACAAGGAUCGCCUGCUGGUCUGCGACAACUGCUUGACCUGCAUACACACGUUCUGCCUGAUCACGCCACUGGCGUCGAUGCCCACCGGCGGCUGGCAGUGUCCAAGUUGCAUAGCGGCGGAGUGUAGCAAGAAACAAGAAUCGUAUGGUUUUGAGGAGAGCAAGCAGGCCUACAGCCUGGAGACGUUUGGUGAGAUGGCGAAUCGUUACAAGUGCCAGUACUUUCAAGUAUCAUCUCAGCCUCAGCAAAUUCGACCUGAACUUGUGGAGAAGGAGUUCUGGAGGCUUGUGGAGUCAUCGGAUGACCAGGUCGUAGUUCAGUAUGGUGCUGAUCUUCACUCGUCCAAGCAUGGCAGCGGCUUUCCGUUUGGGAAUCGUGUUUUCACCGAUGAAGACAUUUCUUACUCAGAGUCACCUUGGAACCUCAACAACCUGCCGAAUUUAGAGAGCUCCGUCUUGCGCCAUGUGACAGCAGACAUAUCCGGCAUGAAGGUUCCUUGGCUGUACGUGGGAAUGUGCUUCUCUAGCUUUUGCUGGCACAACGAAGAUCACUGGAGCUACUCCAUCAACUAUCUGCAUUGGGGCGAGCCGAAGACCUGGUACGGCGUGCCCGGCCACUGUGCCGAGAAGUUCGAGAAGGUGAUGGAGUCGGCGGUGCCGGAGCUGUUCAGGGACCAUCCUGACCUGCUGCACCACCUGGUGACGCUCGUGUCACCCACGCUUCUCAUGAAGAACAGAGUACCGGUUGUCAGUACGCACCAGUGCGCCGGCGAGUUUGUCGUCACAUUCCCGCGUGCGUACCACGCCGGCUUUAAUCAGGGAUUCAACUUUGCCGAAGCCGUCAAUUUCUGUCCAGCAGACUGGAUUCGCAUAGGGCGAUCGUGCGUAGAUCACUACCGUCAGAUGCGCCGCUACACCGUCUUCUCUCACGACGAGCUCAUCUGCCGCAUGGCACUCAGCCUGCCCAGCAUGGACCUGCACAUUGCUGAGGCUAUCGAUGGCGACCUGGCUGUGCUGCUGCAGCGCGAGACCGAGCUCAGGGACACCGUCGUCAAGGCCGGUAUAACAGAGGAGGAGUGCGAGUCAUUUGAACUGCUGCCUGACGACGAACGCCAGUGCAGCCACUGCCUGGGCCUCUGCUUCCUGUCCGGCGUGUCCUGCAAAUGUCGAUCAGAUCGGCUAGUCUGUUUGUUCCACAUCAACGAGCUCUGCUCCUGUCCGAUGCCAGACAAGUGCCUGAGAUACCGCUACUCACUGGAUGAAAUUCGCUCCAUGAAAGCCAGGGUGGCCGCGAAAGCGCAGACAUAUGUCAAGUGGUGUCGAGAAGUGGAGCAGUUGCUUGACGCAGAAGGUGACGACAGACCCACAAUUGCGGACCUAAAGCGACUGUCGGCUGAAGCUGAAAAUGGCAAUUUGUCCGCACCGGAUCUAGUGGAGGAGCUGAAGCUUGCCAUAGAGGAAGCCGAGGAGUGUGCUGUCGAUGCUAUGCAACUCGUGAAGGGCAAGGACACCGGCAGCUCGGACUCAAUGCAGCACAACGUGACGGUGGACGAGCUGGAGAGGUUCACAAAGCGGCUGAACUGCUUGCCAUGCCGAAUCGAUGAAGGUGUUCUUGUUCAGAAUCUCCUGCAACGAGUGCAGUCGUUCCAGGCGUCGUUGCAAUCGGCCGUUGCCGACCCAUCACCGCCCUACAGUCGCCUGGCCACGCUGCUCGAGGAUGCCAAGUCGUUUGAUGUGGAAGUGCCACAGCUGGCAUGCAUACAGCAGAAGCUACGUCAGGCCAAGUGGCUUGAGUCUGCCAGGGUGAUGGUGGCCCGCAACUCUGAGCCUGAAAGCACGCUGGAGCAGGUAGAGGAACUGAUUGCAGACGGUCAUCAACAUUUACCACACAAUGGUGUUCAAGAGGCUUUGCGACAUCUUGAGGGUCUGGUGAAGAUGGCGAAGCAAUGGGAGCUGAGAGCGAAGGCACUGGUGGAAGAUAAACCGACGAUGUCACAUCUGCAGUCGUUGCUUAGCGAGGUUGACCACUUGCCCAUCAACAUUCCCUCCCGGGCCAGCUUGAAAGGAGCACUCACGGACGCCCUGCAAUGGAGCAAGGAGGCCAUUGCUAUUCAGGACAGUGACAUCUCGCCUGACCUGGAGAAGCUGGAAGUCCUUCUGAAUCGAGCACGCACCAUUCCUGUCCAGCUGGAGCAGCUCGCCCAGGUCGAGUCGUUGGUUGCCGCGGCGCAGGGCUGGCGCGAUCGUGCCUGCCGUGCCUUCCUGAAGAAAAGCAUCACCAACUCGUGUACUCUGCUACAGGUGCUGUAUCCUCGCCUGGAUCUGCCCAGUCGUCUGAGACAGGAAAGCAAGUGCACUCCGCCCAACCUGGUAUCGUCGUCGCGAGCAAUGCCGCUCGAUGAGGAGACCGUCCUCUUGUCCAGGCUGUCGCGGGAAGAAGUGGAUGAGAUGCGACAGCUGCGCGGCGCACACAUCGCGGCUGCGCAGCAGAGCCUGGCGUCGAUCGAGCAAGGCGACGCACCAGUGGACCGCCACUGUGUCUGCCACAAUGCGAUGUCAAGCUCCAUGCUGAUGUGCGAGCUAUGCCUCGAGUGGUUUCACUCUGUGUGCGUGCACCUGCCACGCUCCAAGCUGCCGAGUGCCUCCUCCAACACCACUACCAGUAGUACCAGCACAGGCGGCGCUAGCAGUACUAGUGGCUCUGCCGGUGGCGAACAGCAACCUGCGCCAGGCACACCGACGCUCACGCUCAAGGAGAACAAGUUCAUAUGCCAGACGUGCGUGCGGUCGCGGCGGCCCCGGCUGGAUUCCGUGCUCUCGCUUCUCGUGUCUCUACGCAAGGUGCCUGUGCAGCUGGUGGAGAACGCGGCGUUGCAGUCGUUGACCGAGCGUGCCAUGCAUUGGCAAGAGCUGGCCCGUGCAGCGCUCACCGAGGCAGCGGCCAUGCUCGAGCGGCAGAAUCCCGCCGCCAUAGCGUCCUUGCUCAACUCCCUACAGGCCCCAAGCAGCAGCAGCAGUAGCAGUGGCAGCGUAAUGCAAUCAGCGUCCACGCCGGCGGCACUGUCAUCCAAUGGAAGCGGCAGCAGCGCCAGUGGCAGCGGCAUGUCUGGUCUGUCCGCGGCCGCGUUCAUUUCCAGAUCACAGCCUCUGCCGCCUGGACUCGUGGCCGCGGCUACGCAGGCUGCUCCGUGCAAGUCUCAGCUGCGCUCCACGGCACCGCUGGGCAGACCGAGCAGCUCGAGUAGCCAGACCGGUCAAGUGCAGGCGGCCGCCGCGGCGUCACUAAUCAAAACCCCGUCCGUGCCGCUGCCCGUGCCUCGUCCCCUCUCGGCUGUCAGUGUCGAUGACCCCGUGGGACUUCGGUCACUGCUCGCCGCACUGGGCAGUGCUGAUGUCGACGCUACUCCUCCUAGGGUUGUGCCCGGUGAGGUUGAUCUGCCGGCCAACGUACGUGGACACUUAGAAGCACUGUUGCUGGAGGGAGAUCUACUGGAGGUUAGCAUGGACGAGACACAGCAGCUGUGGCAGCUUCUCCACCUCUGCUCCUCAACCAAGGACAGCGUGAUGGUGGUGGCAACGUUGAUGGACGAUAACUUGAAGGACGAACGGAGGCGGAAGAAGAAGCGUCGGCACGAAGACGAGAUGGAGUCCAAUGCUGGGAGCACCGUCGCGGAUGGCUCAUCCUCUGGGCCAGCGCCUACACCGGUGCUGCUACAUGCAUCCUCUUCAUCUACUGCAGGUGUGUUGUCAUCGUCUUCGAGUAUUCAAGUCAGUAGCGAAGCAGCACCGUCCUUUAAGGAUCUUGCCGCCGGAUGUGUUCUACCACUGGCAGGUUCUUCAGUUACUGCUGCACUGCACGACAACGGCGGCCAGGACGCGAAAAAGAAGCGUUGCUCCGCACCCGGCGAGUCACCACACGGCAACCAUGAGGCGGUUGCCAUGGACGCUGGCUCGCCGCCCACCUCUGCAUUGGCGUUAAGUGCGCUGGUGACUAGUGCUAACAGCGAUGCUUAGACGAAUGCUGCUGCUGCUGUUGCUGCUUCUGCAAAGCUGGUUGCUAGUACGUACCCAACUGGUAACUCCACUACGAGGUGACGAUAGCAAGUCAGAAUCGUUUAGGGUGGCCCUGACCCUGUUUUAGUCGAUCCGCUGACAGCGGCAUUGGCAGGGUUGGCGAGCAGCCCGCUGGCUGGCUGCGUGGCAUUUGCAUGCUUUUUAGCCCGCGGCCGUCAACUGGUGCUGACAAGUGACAACUGAGACUCCUGGUGUCCAGAGCAGCACCCAACCGUGUUGUCUAGUAGCUCCUGUGACUGACCGUCAAAACAUGGUUAGCUGCUGGUAGCGUUUGUUCCUGGUACAUGCACGCUGGCAUCGUGCUUUUCUUUUUAGCAAUGUCACUGCCUGCAGUCAGUAUCGGCUACGCUCGGAUGUCCAGUGCGGAUUUGACUUCAUCUUAUUGACCGAGCUUGUUUGAGUUUCCCAUUAGCUAGGUAACACCUGUCAAUCGUGUAUCCGUGUGUCUAGUGUUGCGACGUGCGUAUGUCGGCGGUGUUUGUGUGACUGGAUGGCCUGUGUAUGUGCGUGCAGCCUUACCCCAGACCCACCCUUGCUGGCGUUGGUGACAACGUUAUGUAAGCAGGCAUGCAGUGGUUGCUGUAUGCUCUGCAUGCUCCGCUCCGCUCUUCCCGCCGCACAACCAGCGUGUGUGUGUGUGUGUGUGUAUGUGUAUAUAUAUAUAUACUAGCAAAAUGCUCAUCUGAUCUAUUAUCGCUCACGUCUUGUCUCUGUUUCCCCUCCUGUUCACUAGCAUUUUUAAGUUCUGUGCUGGAAGACAUAUAUCAGGUUCAAGUAGGAUCACAAACACAUCUUAUUACUGGCAACAGUCCUAACAUGGUGGCUCUCCUAGGUGGAUUGGAGUGUUUAUUUUACUGCG